AUUUCCUGAGCUAACAAGACUCGCCUCGGCUGUGACAGACACCCUCAGCCCAUCUUUAACACUCUCACGGCGGCAGGAAAACGUCGCUAAAGUGGGAAAAAAAUGCCUUUAGGAGGAUAUACGGCUUGUUGAUGUCGCUCGGUGUUCAUGUCAGCCAACGAGUGCCUUGAAUUACCCGGCGACUAUUAGGCUAACUUAGCCUUGCUAGCGCAAUAGCUAAGACGCUAGCUGUUUAGCCUUAGCCAGCUUUCAGACGCUAGCUAAAUAGCGUAAGCUACUAAUAGUUUACAUGUGAGGGACGGCUUUGGCUCCUGUUUUAACCGAACUACUAAACCGAGAAACGGGGAUGGUGCAGCCUCAACCUGAUGGUCCGAUGCAGUGGGACAUGUCCGGAGAGGAUAGUGGAGGGGCCCUCAGGGUCCCACCAGAGCUGGCUGCCAAUGAAGUAGUGACCAGAUUGCUGGGUGACAACCAGCAGCUUAGAGAGGCUCUGCGGCGGAGCAAUCUAGCCUUGCGUCAGCGCUGCGAGGAGAUGGAGGGAUGGCAGCGGAGAACGAGAGAGGAGCGAGAGUUUCUCAGCUGUCGUUUCCAGGAGGCUAGGGCGCUGGUGGAGAGGCUGGCCCAGGAGAACCACUCCUUACAGGGCCUGGUGAACGGACCGGCGUCCUCCUCCUCCAAUCACUGCUGCAGCUCCAGCCAGACUGAAGACCUGCAGGGACGUCCAGCCAGGAACGGGCCGGCGGACGGACCACAGGUGAGCCAGACUCUAGACCACUGGGACAGGAAGAGAGUUGAAGAUACAGAACAAUACACGCAAACCACACCUCCUCGCAGCCUGGAUGACGCAAGUGUGAGUAUAUUCUUGAGUCAUGCAGUCACCUCGUCCCCAACCUCAUUUUCAGAGGAACAGGGAGAUCCUGUGGAAGGUGCAAACGAUUUCCUGCAGCUGCUGAAGAGCCACAAAGAGAAGCUGGAAGAAGGUAUGCGAGAGCUGAGGAGGAAGAACGAAGAGCUGGAGCGGGAGAAGGAUGAAGGAGACGGAGAGAGAGAGCGAAUGCGUCGCUGCAUCGACCAGCUAAGAGCCAAACUGGCCCAGGCACAGGCGAGCGGUGCUACUGAGGACGUUGUUCCACAUCGCUCUGAGGCGCAGCACUCCUCCGACUGCUCUAGCCUAGCUAAACUCACAGAGCAGCUUCAGGCCACACAGGGCAGGUAUCGGGAGCUGGAGGAGAAACUCGAUUACCUGCAGAAGAGUUCGGCUCAGCGGGACAGAACUGAAGCUCUGCUCAAACAGAAGGACAAGGACUGUGCUCAGCUGGCCAAGGAUUGCGAGGCCCUGAAAGCUCAGGCAACCUCCCUGUUAGGAGAAUUGAAGGAGAGGCAGAGCUGCUUGGACAAGAGCGAGAUGGAGCGCAAAAUGUUGGAAGAGAAGCUGUGCAGUAAGGUGAAGGCCCUGCAGGUGGCAGAGCGAGAGCAGGAGCAGCAGAGGAAGCAGCAUCAUGUGGCCAUGGACAAGCUGCUGCUGCAGACCCAGAGCCUGGAGCAGGCCUUGAAGACAGAAAGACAUGUGGUCACAGAGGAGAAGAAAAAACUGACACAGCUGCAGCAUGCCUACACAUGCCUCUUCAGAGACUACGAUUCCAAACUGAAGAGUGAGGGAGGAGAUCUGUGCAGCCGACUGGAGGAGGCGGAGCGAGCUUUGGCCUUGAAACAGGACCUGAUUGAUAAACUGAAGGAGGAAGUGGAGCAGCAGAAAGGCUCUCUGGAGACUGUUCCUGUCCUCACCGCUCAGGCUGAGAUCUACAAGGCAGAUUUCCUGGCGGAGCGAGAAGCGAGAGAGAAGCUGAACCAGAAGAAGGAGGAACUGCAGGAUCAGCUGAAUCAGGCCAUGACUGAGAUCGAGAGACUCAAGCAAGAAGCCACAUCACGUGCACGUAUGGAGCAAAUGAAGCUGAGACACCUGGAAGACUUUCCUGCACGGCCACCGCACAUUCCCCCUCCACCAGGUGUGUUCCCUGGUGCAGCUUUCAACACGGUGCCUCCUGCCUCCUCAUUCCGCCAUCAGGGUCCGAUACCAGUUGGCGAUCAAGGAGCUGCCGGAGUCGAGGACCUGCCAGAUUUAUGUUGUCCUAAGUGCCAGUACCUGGCUCCAGAUAUGGACACGCUGCAGAUUCACGUCAUGGACUGUAUACAGUAACACGAGCCUAGUUCAGUGCACCGUGACACCACGGAUAUACUGUAUAUGGUAUAUUUACGUUCAGUGUGUCUACUCCCAGUUUUGGGCACAACCUGGGGAAAAAAACAUGUCUGGUGUUUGCACUUUACUCUCUCUCUGCCAUGCAAACACACAUACACAAACCUGAACACAUAUUGUGGAUGCCACCGUUUUAGAAAUUGAAUAUGUUGGAAUACAGACAAGUCAUGUCAAGGCAAUCGGAUGACAGUAACCAGCAUGAUAUUAUCCCACAACUGCGCCGUGGAUUCAGUUUCUGCUUCAGCUUUUUCCAUCCUUUGCAUCCUUUCCAGCACCUUUUUAUUUCCUUUCCUGUGCCUUGCCAAUGAGUCGGCACACUAUCAUCAAUCAGUAUUUAAACACGAUCCCUGAUCUCUCGCCUCAGUUCUGUUUUUCAUGCAGCUACACGCUGUGGAGUGCAUGUGUACACUUUUGACUGCAUCACCCAUCGACACAUCUACAAUCAUCGGACCUACGGGAUGACGCCAUGUCAAAAAAAAGAAGAGACAAUUCAGAGGAGUUUCUUUUCCCCACGAAAAGGAGAAAAACAUGAAUAAUCUAGUGAGCUUUAAAUAAUAUUCAAGUAUGUUUUGGUUGUAAAUGUAGCCGUCUGCAUUACCUCAAAACAUGUAUUAUUAUGUAUUAGAGAUGGAGUUACUCUUGUUGAAAAAAAGUAGCCAUUCUCUGUGUUCUGUGCCUGUGUACACGUUUUACCGCUUUAUCUCUGAUGCUAGACUUGACCCUGAACCCACCACUGCCUCCCCUUUGUGCCCCUUUAUUCCGUCUCUUCCUUACCUGUGCCACCUUAGCUAUUUAUCUAUCUGAAUGUAAACACAUUGAGGUUCCGUCACAGUUUGUGUGACUGUUGUCUGUAAUUACAUAUCCUUCGUUGCUAAGAAUAUAGCUUCAAACUGUCGGAGAUUUACGAAAUAAACCAGUUAUUCAUUA